GAAAAUGUUUCCCUGAUUAGUCGGGAAUGUUUUUUCCGGCGCACAACACAGACUCAAGCAUGGACGAGACGGCGCAGCGGAUACUGGAUUAUUUGACCGAGGUAGAAGUUGCUGCAGAAGAUAUUCUCAGUGACAAACAACAGAUCGUGGAUCUAGAUUUGCGGAGAAACAGAAAUCGAGAAGCACUCAGCGCUUUACGAAACCAUUCCCCAAACGAUAAUGUGAAGGUGUGUUUUGGAAAUAUGUUCAUCAAAUUUCCUCAAGAAAGUACCAGAUCCAUGAUCCUUAAAGACCAAGAACAGCUUGACAAGGAAAUAACCGAUCUCCGCAAACGACUAAAAGCAAAAAUAAACCGUCUCAAUGACUUGCAAGGUAAGCCUGAGCUCACAGGAUACAGCCUUUCUCCUCUGAGCAGCGACGAGAUUAAUGCAUUAAACAGCCUUCUUAAGAAAUAAGAGUAAUGUUUUUGGACUGGACUGUUGCUUGCGCCUCGGAGCCCUGAAGUGUCUGCAAGACCGUACUGACUCAGAAGAAGACUGUCUUCAAUCAUUCAGUUCUUUUACGUGGAUUUUGUGUAAAGGUCUUGCCUGUGUUUUGUGCACAACUGGCUAAAAACAAGUAGACUGUGUAAUAAAUGGAAAGCGUAAAGAAUCAGAAAACUUGUUUUCGUGUUGUAAAUUAAAUAUGUAUUGAUUUUACUCAAAUUAAAUGAUGCAUCGCUGA